UACUAAAACGUGCAUGCAAAUUUAUUUUUAAAACUAUUGCGAAUGACACUGUUGUAGAUAAAUAAUAAAUACCAAUUCUGUGCAUUACAGGCAUAUGACACAGGCGUUUACCUGUAGUGUUACAUUUUUUGUACUGUUAUUUAUUAAUUUAAUAAUUCACUUGUAUCUUAUCUUGUUAUUCGUUUAAAUCAUUACAGCCCUAAAUCUCAAAAAUCAAAGGGAGAGGAACUAAUUAUACAGAGGGCAGAAAAUAAAGACCAAAAGCGGAAAUGAAGUUCGAGUGCUUUUCGGGGAGAAGGAGGACCGUGAGGCUGUUCCAUUCAGUAUUUUUGCUUACCUUGCUGCACACCGGUGCCCUUGGUGGGAGAAAAUCUCGAGGCGGGCGAAACCCACAACCACGACGGACACAGUCCUCUCCCACGUACCGGGACCGGGGCGAGGCCACGGAAAGCUUUCCCUUGGAUUUCACCGCAGUUGAAGAAAACAUGGACAAUUUUAUGACCCAAGUCAAGAACCUAGCGCAGUCUCUUUACCCGUGCUCCGCCCAAAAACUUGACUAUGACAUGAAAUUGCAUUUUCUGGAGAAUACAUCCGUCACGUGCAACGACGGAACCCCUGCAGGGUAUUACCUGAAGGAGUCUAAAGGAAGCAGACGGUGGUUGAUAUUCCUGGAAGGCGGCUGGUACUGCUUUAACAAAGAGAACUGCGACAGCCGAUACGAGACCAUGAGGCGGCUCAUGAGCUCCUCCCAAUGGCCGCUCACAAAGACAGGCACAGGUAUACUGUCACCCCAGCCUGAGGAGAACCCUCACUGGUGGAACGCCAACAUGGUGCUCGUCCCCUACUGUUCUAGUGAUGUGUGGAGUGGAGCCUCAGCCAGGACAGAGCGAAGUCAUUAUGCCUUUAUGGGGUCUCUGAUCAUUAAGGAGGUGGUCAAAGAUCUGCUGGUCAAGGGCCUGGACAAUGCCAAGGUGCUACUGCUGGCUGGGAGCAGCGCUGGUGGGACAGGGGUGCUGCUGAAUGUAGACCAGGUGGCUGAGCAGCUUGCAGAGCUGGGCCACACAGGGGUGCAGGUGAGGGGCCUGUCUGAUUCGGGCUGGUUCCUGGACAACAAACAGUACCGCUGCACCGACUGCGUGGACACCAUCAGCUGCGCCCCAACCGAGGCUAUCAAGAGGGGCAUCCAGUACUGGGGUGGAGUGGUCCCAGAGCGCUGCAGACAGGCCCAUGAAGGGGAGGAGUGGAACUGCUUCUUUGGGUACAGAGUCUACCCCACUCUAAAGAGCCCUGUAUUUGUAGUCCAGUGGCUGUUUGACGAGGCCCAGCUCACAGUGGAUAACAUUCACCUCACAGGCCAGCCAGUGCAGGAGGGCCAAUGGCGAUACAUCCAGAACCUGGGCAACGAGCUGAGGAACACACUCAAAGACGUUCCGGCCAUGUUUGCUCCAGCGUGCCUAUCACAUGAGGUGAUCACCAGAAAUUACUGGAUUGACAUCCAGGUGAAAGGCACUUCCCUGCCCAGGGCUCUGCACUGCUGGGACCGCAGUCUCCACGACAACAGCAAGAACAACAAGGCCCCGCCCAGGGGAUGUCCCGUGCACCUGAUUGACAGCUGCCCCUGGCCGCACUGCAACCCCACCUGCCCCACCAUCCGAGACCAGUACACCGGCCAGGAGAUGAACGUGAUCCAGUUCCUCAUGCACAUGGGCUUCGACGUGCAGAAGAUGGCCCAGCAGCAGGGCAUGGACCCCAGCCAGCUCCUGGGCAUGCUCAGUAGCGGCAGCUAAAGGGACGAGGGAGCACCAUCUCCUCGCCCCGCCCACUCUCAUAUUCUCACACCCAGUCGAAUUCCCAUCACUCACUCCGUCCAUUCCCCUCCAUCCCAUGUCCCAGCUCCCGUCACCACAUCACCAGUUUGUGUCUUUGUUUUGUCCCGGUCCAGUUCCCCUCUAUACCCUAACCCCAGCCUCACUCUCAGCAUAACUCCCACCCAUGUGAAAAAAUAGUAUGCUGGAGUAUACUUGAAGCAUACUAUUUUAUACCUUAGAAUACUUGAAGUAUUAAUUAAAGUUUUUUAAAUUAUGCUUUAAGUAUUCAUGUUUUUUUUCUUCACGGGCACUUCAACCUUGCCCUCAAAUUCAAGCUCCGUCCUUACUUAUAUAUGCCCUGACCGCACACUUCACCUUACUAUUUCCCUGUCCUCACUCCAACCAUAACCCCACCCCCAAACUCCAGCCACGCCCACAUUGCCUCCUCAAGCUCCGCCCUCUCUCCCUCUACUUCCCUUAUAACAGACCUCAAGACCGCAAGAUGCAUCCAUUGCUACUCUAUUUUCUUUUAACUGAUCUUUUGGUUGUAAAAGAAAAAAAAAUAAUAAUGAAGAAUAUAAUCCCGUUUUAAGGAUACAACUUUUUUUACCUUUAUUUUUGACUGUAGGGUUUUUUAGGCUUUGUUUUUGUCAUAUUUCAUAUACAAGACAAAAUACAACAGGGACUGUAGAGUGUAGUGUUUAUGGUAACUAAAAAAACCUCUAUAUAACAUAUAAUGUUUAUGUGUAUGAAUAUGGCAUAUGGGCCAUGUAUAUAAAAGCUGGCCUGAGACCUACUUUUUUUUCUGAAUUGGAAACCCGGAACACUGGACACUCCUCCUUAAAGGGAAGAGAGGACAUGAGGAUGGCCUUUCAGCAGCCAGGAAAGAGGAGGAGGAGGAAGAGGAUGCACGAGGAAGAAUGGAGAGAUCUUAGAGCCACUGACUUGCCCCAGCCUCUCACCCCUGAGAAACCCCCCCCCCCCUUCCAAGGCAGGUAAAGUUGGGAAAUGCAGCAUCUUCUGGAAAGCAGUAGAUUCUGGGAGACAGGAAAACUACAGAAGCUAUUAACUUGCAGCACUGCUAUUUUUCUAGACAACCUUCAUGAUUGCAAUUCACUAUGACACAUAAAAUGAGAAGUUCAGCAUUGGACUGCAUGUGUUUUACAGUCUAACUCUUUACGUUUCUGGUGAUCUUUGACAUGACAAGGACUCAUAAAAAUUACAUACCAUCUCCUCUUGUCAGUUAGCAAUAAUCUGCAAAGUGGCCAUACUCUUGGUUUAUUCUAAGUAUCUCACCAACUUUCUACAUGAGCUAGCCUAACUCUUUCUUACUCUAGACAUAAGAGACAUUUAGGUAAAGCUGUAAGGAGUCCUACAUGCCUUACUUUUAUGGCCUAAUGAAGUCUUCAUUCCCCAGCCCUUAGUCUUUUCAUUUGAAAUGUCUACCUCUAAAAACUGUGAUUUUGCACCCUCUGCUGGCCAUGAAGAGAACAACAUCAGCGAAUGGGAAGCCAGUAUCAGUCAAGAGGUGGGGCUGUUUGAAUUAGCAGAAUGGUUGCUCAUUUAGCCAAAUAGUAGAUCAUUACACGGGUGAUGUAUCGUGUGUACCUUGGCAGAGUUACACAUGUAAGGGGUGGAAGAAGAAGGCGUCUCCUUUGCUGCUCCUUUCGUGUCUGGCUUUAGCUCAGUGUGUGGCUAUAUUAUACUUGGGGGUCUUAGUGCCAAAUUUGGUCUUUCCCCUUUUGUCCUUCCUCCCAUAACGACUCCCGAAAACACAGAUUCCUCAUCAAAGGUCAAAGGUCGCUCUAGAACAGGCUUUCGGACUCCUGGCCCUCGGGAAGCGCGUUGUGUCCCCUGGCUUUAGUUUCGAAUAAGUUCUCGUGGGUCUGGUUGCUGUCAGACACUGAUCUGUGUCCUAUGAUACCACUUGAAAUAUGUUUCUCCUUUGUAAAAGAAAAGGAAUUGUGGUCAAGGUGUUUUGUAAACAGGAAGACACAAAAAAAUUGAUUUAUUCAGCUUCACUCUGCUUGAUGUCCCCCCUCAAAAAACAAGCAAAUUAGUAACACAAACUGAUAUAAUGCUUAAUUGAAUCACACCAAUUUGGCAAGCAGUUAUGCAAGCGAGCAACCUAUGAAGCUUUAGCUUUAGAGACAGCUGUUCCAAUGUUUUUGGGGAGAUGUAAAUCUUAACACAUAUAAAUCAGCACAUCACUUUUGCACAGGACGUAUAUCAGCUGUCACGAAUUUAAACACUGCCCAACGUCCAAUCAGAAGCUGAACAAAAACAGCCGGAAACCGAAAUCAGCACGCGCAGCCGGGAAGCGUUUCAAACGACGCGGCUCGUUCUCCUGCUGUUGCGCGGAAGCUGACGACGGUGAGUCCUGUUCACGGAACAGCAGCUGCCUGUGGCAUCAGGGUUCGGUACGGUGAAUGUCACACAUUUGACAGCGAUCAAAUCUUUCCAAUAUCACAGGGUUCUCUUGCUUACAGAACACAGUAGAAUUUUCAAAGCUAUGUCUUUUUUUUAGGUUAUAAGUUAUAGAGUCGCUGCUUAUGUGUACGUUUUCUGAAUAUUAACUCGGAUUGCACCAUUGUGGUGACAGUCAGGGAGGAGAAUCAUGCCAUCAGUUAGCAGAAUGGUCAAAUGUUAUUUUACACGGUUUUCAAUUUUUCUUUCUUUUUUGUGAGAUAAAGAUAGCGUAGGCUUGUCAGAAUUCCAUUUUCCUAGAUUUGAAUGUUACAUGGUCGAGCUCCAAGGAAUAAUAUCUGACUGUGUGCAGAAAGUAAAAGCAUGACUUGUAUGUUCACUUUGAUUUGAUCUGCCGGAAAUGAUGAAAAACAUUAUGAAUUGCUAUUACUGAGUCCAUUUGUCUGUCCUGCCUGCUCCAAAUUCACAUAUGAAUUUGUAGCUACAAAUUCUACAACAUCAGUGUCUCUUAGGCACCUCCGUCCAUUAUGAAUUUUAUGUAAGGAUAUAUCUGCUCACAUUUCCUACAUUGUGCAGCCACAAAAAAAUGUUGAAGGGCUUUGGAUUUGUGAGCAGAGGUACGUAAAAAUGUCAAAUAUGCUCCCGUGAUUUAACGGCCAUAUCCUCCUAAUAUCAUACCACAGAACAACCCCUGUGGGUUGGCUUGGUAAUUUUCCUGCAGGGAAUUUCUGACCAUUUUAGUGAACGUGAUAUCAAAAACCAAUCUGAUGUCAGCUAACUGUCAACUGUCAUUGGUGGACCAUUUUUGCUGGUCUUUUGUGAAGUCAAUGUGUAUGGGCAUUUAAACAUAAAAAUUGAAUCCUGGCAAGCCAACAAAUUAACUGAAGAUGCUGCACAGUUAAAGUAUGUUGGAUAGAAUAUCACUUAUUUUAAUAUAAUGACAGUUAAUAUCAAGUUUUAUAAAUGGUAAUUAACUUCAUCUAUGUAACAAGUCAGAUAAAAAUGUUUAUUACUAAUUGUAUUUUGUUCUGUAACAUAUUUUUUAACAAACAAAAGCUCAAGCUACUUUGGUAAUUUUAUGUAUUUAUUGUAUUAUGUAAAUCAUAUUUAUAAGUGUUAUUUUGACUGAGAAGUGAUUCUUUGUAAAAUGUAAAUAUGUCUUCGGCUUUUGUUUUGAUUGCAUGUAUUUCAACAUACCGGAAGAAAGAACAUGUUAUGCCAUUAAA